UUAUGUUAACCAAACCCAAAUAUACAUAACAGACAUAUAUAAGUUUAAACACCAUUUAAAUGUGCAAAACAUUGUGUUUAGUGAAAAAUACACUGAUUGAGUUAGGAAUUCUUUUAAUCUAACGAACAACUAAUCAGUAUUUUGUAUACUCAUCCCACCCCCACUAUAAUCAUUGGAUUGGCUAUUCUUACCAAGAGUUUUAUUUAUGAUUUAUUUCAUGAGGUGAUAGUAUGAAAGACACAACACUGAACACAAGCAAUUAGGUUCCCAUACUUUAGAACUAGUUAUGUAAAUUUAAGUAUAGAUAAUUCUCUAUUGUGAGUGUAUAAGAGAAAUAGGCGUAUUGAUCGGCCAGUUUAUAAACUUUGAUAGUUUUUAAUCGAACGAUCGGUUGAUAUUUUGUGGAAACUCUUUUACCUGACUGAUUGUAUAUUUUGAUUAAUUUGUAUGAGAAUGGAUAGUGGUGCAUCAGAAUUCGUCAAGAUGGAAACACCAAUGUCAAAUGAUAGUGAAAAGCUGUUCUCAAGUCAAAUACACUCAGAUUUUGGAUAUUACUUUAAUGAUGGAAAAAGAAAAAUUGAUUAUGUUUUAGUUUGGGACGAACCAGUUAAUGAAAAUAUAAUCAAUAAAGUGAAAAAGAUCAAUAGUAUUUAUCGAAAAACAUUUGAAGAUAAUUUACAAACAAUUGGAGUACAAAUUGAGAAAGAAGACGUCAAGACUGAAAGCUUGGUGACUCAUUACUUGAAGCUUCAUAUUUCUUGGGACUUAAUGUGCCAUCAUGCUGAGUGUCUAAACCUACGAGCCCCUCUUGAAUUACAAAACACUAAAAUGAAGAACUGGUCUGAGAUUCUUUUGAAAACAAUUGGGAUUCCAUCUAUAAUGUCGCAAAAUGUUCCGAAUUCUCCACCUGAAUAUUAUACUUGUCCAUUUAAGAAAAGCAAGUUAGAAAAAUUCAUUGGACAUGAUAAUAAAGAAUCAUAUUUCACUCCUACUCAAAGACAUCAGGUAGCAUAUGAUAUUUUAGCUACUCAAGCUUAUGGGAGCCGUGAAAAAGCACAAGUUGGAAUCGAUCGUCUUAUACAGGAAGAGGUUUACAAUGCUGCGUACGCGAUUCAUGAGGGUCCAUAUGAAGUAGAUGAAGAAGAUUUAAAAAAUCCAGAAAAAAUGAAUCCACGUCAAAUUUUAUAUUGGUAUUGGGCAAGAUGGGGUUGUUGGUACAGAUAUCAACCUUUGGAUCAUAUCAGAAGUUACUUUGGAGAAAAAAUAGGUUUUUAUUUCGCUUGGCUUGGUUUAUACACUGCAUGGUUACUACCAGCUGCAUUGGUUGGAAUCUUUGUUUUCAUAUAUGGACUUGUAACUAUAAAUGAUUACGUUCCUGUGAAAGAAGCUUGUGAACGAGACACAAUUAUGUGUCCAACUUGUGAUAUCAGCCACGGGUGUCGAUAUUGGAAUUUACGAGAGUUAUGUGUCUACUUGAAAAUGUCCUACUUAUUCGACCACCCGGGUUCUGUAUUCUACGCUAUUUUUAUGGUAAUUUGGGGUGUUACAUUUUUGGAGUAUUGGAAACGUAAAAAUGCUAAAUUAGCUCAUCGAUGGGAUGUGCUGGAUUAUGAAAUAGAAGAAGAAAGGCCACGUCCACAAUACUCUGCCCACUGUACACAAUAUGCAAAAAAUCCUAUUACGGAUGUUCUUGAACCGUAUUUUCCUCCUCGUGCUCGUGUUGCUCGUAUUAUUGCUGGAUUGAUUUGUGUCAUGGUGAUGGUUAUGUUGGUAUUGGUAUUCAUAAUAGCUGUAAUUAUUUAUCGGUUUUUAAUAAAAAUUCCAUUAUUUCAAAAUAAACUACUUCGUUCCAAUGCAGAAAUAUAUGCAACACUUUCAGCAGCUAUUGUUAAUCUUAUUCUGAUUAUGUGUUUAGGGAAAGUGUAUGAAACAUUAGCCUACAAAAUGACUCAAUGGGAGAUGCAUCGAACUCAAAGUGAAUUCGAUAAUCAGCUGAUUUUUAAAGUUUUCCUAUUUCAAUUUGUGAAUUUCUAUUCGUCCAUAUUCUAUGUAGCAUUUUUCAAAGGACAAAUGGUUGGCUAUCCUGGUCAUUACACAUCUUUUUUCGGCCUACGUAAUGAAGCAUGCGAUAAUGGUGGUUGUUUGAUUGAAUUAGCCCAACAAUUACUAGUUAUAAUGGUUGGGAAACAAAUCAUUAGUAAUUGUCAAGAAAUUCUGCUUCCUAAACUACGUACUUGGUUCCAUAAAUACAGAAAGGGAUUAAAUAAGAGGAAUGUUGCUUCAACUAGUGAUCUGAGCUCAGCGCAUAUAUUUAUUGAAGACUAUAAGUUAAUACCAUAUGAAGGAUUAUUUGAUGAAUAUCUUGAAAUGGUUCUUCAAUUCGGGUUCAUUACAAUCUUUGUGGCUGCCUUCCCACUAGCCCCAUUAUUCGCGCUACUUAACAACUGGAUUGAAAUUCGUUUAGACGCCAAAAAGCUAGUGUGUGAAACACGUAGACCAUUGGCGGAACGAGCACAAAAUAUAGGCGUUUGGUUUAGAAUAUUAGAUUUUCUUGUUCGAUUGGCCGUGAUUUCAAAUGCCUUCAUCAUUGCAUUCAGGUCAAGUUUUCUCCCUGAACUCAUGUAUAAACAUGAAGUUAGAAAUGAUUUAGUAGGAUUUACUAAUUUUACUCUAGCGUGGGCUCCUCCAAAUACUACAUCACAACCAUGCAGGUAUAAAGCUUUUCGGGACAAUAAUGGUGAAUAUUCGAUGUUUUUCUGGAGACUUUUGGCUCUCCGUCUAGCGUUCGUGAUUGUUUUUGAGCACGUGGCAUUUGUUUUGGCAAACGCUCUAGAUUUCUUCAUCCCAGAUGUACCAAGUAGUUUGAAAGAACGUAUUCAACGAGAACGAUUUCUCGCAAAACAAGCUCUUCUGGAUAUUAGUUUGGUAAAUUCACCUAUGAUCGAAAGUAUAUUUCUACUUACUAUUUUUCAUCAUCGUUAUAUUAAAAAUGCUGGUGUAUGUUUUGGUUGAAAAAAAUGAGUGUUUACUACCUCAACAUUAGUUUCCUUUACAUCUCAUUGCCUUCAAAACCUGCAGUUUUUUCUUAAUUUGCUGUCUGCGCAUUUUGUCUUGAAUUUAGUGGAUAUUAUGGGGUCAUUACUCUUAGUAAGAUUUAGUGAAACAACAGAUUCAUUAAAUAACACUUCAACGGGUUUUCAGUAUGAAGUGGGUGAAGCAAUACUCUCUUUUAAUAAUUCUUUCAAUGACCAUAUCUAACCAUCAUCAGGUUAUUUAUCAAGCCUAGCCACUUAAAAAUUAAAAUGAACCAUUUGUCAUUAUAAUAAAUAUAUUUUUGUUGUAUGCUAAUAAGUAGGAAAAUUGUAUUCCUGAUGUUUCGUGACUUAAUGUAAGCGACUUCUGCAGAAUACGUGAAUAACCAACAUUUAAAUGUCGGUUUUUUAUUAUUAACUCUCCACACAGUGCUCAAUUUAUUUGAAACUACCAGUUCUAAACUUGAUAUUGAUACCAUUUGUCAUUAUGUAACAAAAUUAUAAAUAUUACGUUACUUUAUGUUCCAACAAAAAUAUUUCUCAUCAUAGAUGGUUCAUUUGGGAUUAUCUCUAUGAUUUGAUUAAAUUUCAACAUUGCCAUAAUUUUCAUCAGCAUUUUAGAGGAAUGCUUCAUAUUUGAUAUUUGUAUAUCUGAAUAUCAUCGCUACCUUUAACAACUUUGGACGUAAUAGCUAACUUCGCAUUUUAUAAUUUCUACCUCCAUAAAAGAACCAAUGUUUUCAGCUCCACACCGCUAACAGUAAAUUAAGCAGAUGGAUAGAUUUAUAUGAACCAUGUACCUAAUAUCAAUUUUAUUUAGCUUCACGAUCUGUUCAUACAAACAAACCAUUAUCGCAAGUUUCGUAUCUUUAAGCUUUGAGGUAGCUAAUUAAAUAAAAACCAGUGACAGUUGUGUCAUUUAGGAUAAAAUCGAUUGAUAUUAGUAUAGUAUGGACUCAUAUCAUCAGAGCUAAAAUGGAUAGACUUAUGAAGAGGUUACACUGAAUAAAUAUCAAUCUGUUUAUUCUCAGAUUGCAGCUCACAGACUCACUAAACUAAAAACUAAAUCAGAUUCAAUAAAAAGGUUAUAUAUGGUCUAGAGCCGCAACAGGUAAAUCACAUACAAGAUAAAUGAAACGUUUUGGAAACACUGGAGUUUAGCAAAAUUAGUAUAUAAUAAUGAAUAUAUAUAUAUAAUAAUUAUUCAAAUGUUUAUUAAAUUUUACGUCCUGGUUUAUAAGUCAGCGUAUUCUGUUCAGUGUAAAUGGACCAUAGCUUUAUCAAUCUUUCAAUAAGUCUAAACUUUUGAUCGUUUAUUUAAUUCACUAAUAAAUUUGUUUUGUUGGUACUUUUUACUCAUGGCUUAUUCACAUAAACGUUUCUUUGUUUCUAAAUUCCAUUUCUUAGAUGUCGAGUAAGUGAACCUUCAUUGACAUGCAAAAAGAAGGAUAGAUGAUGAUAGGAAAUGAAUUUUUUGUAAAAAAAAAAACAUGCAGUUAGUGUUCAACAUUUGGUAUUUAAGCUACUCAAAAAAAUAUCAGUUUUCUUUAAACCAACAUUCUAAACAAUUAUUUAGAUAGAUUUAUUUUGCUUAGUAAUUCUUGCCAAUAAACCAACAACCAUAGCAUUAAUGAAUCUAAACAACUAACAAGGAAAGUGGCUCGCAACUGAACUUUUGUUAUUCAUUUGUUCUGAAGUGAAGUUAUUUAAAAGACAACUUAUAGUAAUGAAGAUGCGGAAUUUCAUUCACUUUAUGCUAUCAUGUAACAUGAAUUUCUCUGAUAUUUUCGUUAUUUACAGUAAACGAUUUGUGAAAAAAGCGCUCAUUUCACUAUUUGAUAUUGUAUCAAAUAUAUACACUUUUUGAAGAAUUUGAAGCUAAAUAUAAACUCAGAUAAUUACAAAAUAAAUCGUUGUUAAGGAUCUUAAAAUUUCUAUCCAAACUACCACACCUUCUACUCUUUUUUUUGUUAUUUUUGUAGGAAUCAAGGCAACCGGAAACCAAAAAAAAUGUAAGUGAAUAAUAAAUUAAAGAACAUACAUAUGACACACCCUCCAGCAUGUUUCUUUGAAAAGAAAAAAAAACAAUAUUCAUAAAAUACUUACAGUUUUGUCAUAAAAAAUGUCUUGGUUUAUUCUCUUCCUUAUUUUUUUUUGAAAAAAAAAUCUAUACAAAAGUAAAUCAAUCCAUUUCAAACAAAUUUUUAUAAAUUAAAAUUUUAUUCGAAUCAUAUUUUUUUGUGAGAUAACCUUUUCAAUCGGAAUGUGAUAUCUAUUUUCUGUUGAAGAAAUGCCAACAACAAAAAAUUUAUAGACUGUAAAUUUAUGUAUAUCAGAGAUCUACAAGUUUGUUACAAUAUUCAUUUAUUGUUUGUAGAUAUAAUUACACUAUUGUAUUAUAUCUGAAGAUAGUAUUGUUAAUGAGUUGGUUUUACUAAUAAUGGAAUAACUAUAAACUAUCAGGAUAAUGUAUCACUCUUUAUUAAUCCUUUGUAUAUUAAAUUACGUAACUGACGAUUUAGUACUCUUAGAUAGCAAGUUGAAUAGUUUACGCUGGUAUGAUGCUAAGAAGUAAAAAGAACACUUCAAAAAAAAAGAUAAUUAACUGACCGUCGUUGAUAUCUGUCGUAGUGAAUAGACUAUCAAAUAUACUACAAUGUAUCAAUAUGCAAAACAACACAAUACCUAUUAUACUAUAGAUACGAAAAGAUAUUAACUAUUUGAGUAUAGAAUGUUUCAAUUCAUUUAUGGAAUCUGUGGGGGAAACUGAACAGAGAUGAAACAACAUAAGCUAUUAUGAUUUAGUUGAAUGUCCUUAUGAAAAAGAAAAAUUUGGGAUAUUAAACAACUGGUGUAUUUCAAACACGUUAACUUUUCAGAGUUUGAUAUUUUCAGAAAGUC